AUGUCGAGCCAACCGCAAACACCUGGCCAUUCGCGCCACUCGACUAUCGACUUUCAGGCCAACAGCGUGGGCUCAUCACCGCAAGGUCGAAGACAGUCAAGAUCAUCGCUACAGGAUCCCGGCACACCUCUGAGACAGUCUUUCACCCAGGGCGAUGGGCUGGAUGUCUUCAGCAGCGGAGGGAUGGGCGGUAUGGGAGGUGGCGGAGGAUUGGGAAACCUUGCCGACGAACUAGCCGAUGCUCUCUCGGACGGCGAAGAUGACGAAUACUACGACGACAAUACCGGGGCACCCGACGUCAGCUUUGACGUGCAAGAAGCCGGCACAGACGGCGUCGAGGGACAGCGGGACAGCGGCGUCGAUGUCGACCCAAGCCCGAAACACUUGACGCAUUCCAAAAACAUGAGUCUCAGCUUACCGUCACCAAACCACGGUCGGCACCGAAGAGCCGGUAGCGAGUAUGACGGAAGCGAGUAUGGAUCGGAGUCUGACCUGGACUCUCCCAGCAUGCCGCCGAGUCUCGUGGCCAAGAUCGAUGCAGUGGAGUCGCUGGCUCGGAGAGGGACAGAAAACAACGGCAGCCAGACGGACGGGGUCUUCACUAGAGUCACAGACAGUCUGAGGGACCUGGGCUCGCAGUCUGGCGUGGAGGGCGGAGCGACCAGGUUGAUCACGGCUCAUUCCGCACUGACCACUCACUUGACUCAUCAAACGCGGCAGGUCCAGACCUUGGCGUUUCCCCUGCUGUCGCCUCUUGUGGCACCGCCAGACCCUGAGACGAUCGAAGAGAUCCUUCCGUUGCUAGUGUCUCUGUCGGAGCAGAUGCCACGGCCGUCGACAACAGCUUACAACUCACUAUCGGGACUGCACACGCUCACCAACGAUCUGGUGCAGACCCUGAACUACCUUUCCGAUACUCUACACAUGUCGAGGCAGACCAGCAUUACAGCGACGCGCAGACUGAAGAGCGCAAAGGAGCUCGUUGCCGAGAUGAGGCAGGAAGAGGAGCUGCGUGAGGAGGGCGAGCGGUGGAUCGCCAAAGGCAACUGGGGCGAGAGACUGAAGAACCGUGAAUGUGCACACAUCUGCGGCGAGGUCGUCGGCGGAUUCGAGGAGGUCUGCAACUCGUGGAGGGCGAGACUACUGGCGCAAGCCGAGGGUGCGCAAGCAUAA